AAAAGCUUUCGAAUUAGCUCACAACCGUUUCUGACACCGUCACGAACAUUGUUUUUCAUCGAUCAAAUUGCACCAGAAUUCAAGAUGACCGAAGAAAGAAGAACGAUCGCGAGCGACGAACCUUCGCGUUCGACGCCGCCACCACCGUUGACCGUAUCCGAUAUCGCCAGUAUGGACAUCGAACGUCUUAGGGCUGACGAAGUUAUGUGGGCCAUGUAUGAGCAAGGAUGGAGGGACACGUAUGCCUCCGUGAUUGCUACGCUGGCCGCAGAGCCCCCUCCGCCGCCUGCCGAUCUGCGCCCCGUGGCCGUCGGAUCCGACCGUGGACAGACGAGCACUGAUUCUGCGGCCACCGUUAACCGUCAACCGACCGUCGAUUCACGCCCUACGGCUAUCGGACCCGUCCGUAGCCAGGCACGCGUCAACCGGAACGCGGGGCGCAGGAACGUUUCCGCUCGUCCGUCGAAGUCGCAAAAACAAUCGAUUACCUCUACCACUCGAAUUUGUCCCGAUUCCGACGUUGACUCGUUCAUCUCCAUGACCAGCGAAGAAAAAGAAGACGCUUUGUGGCAACCGUUGUCGGCACCAUGUUUCCAGAAUUUCACGACUGCGGAUAUUAUCGAGUACAAUUCAGCGUGGACUAACAUUCCUGUUAGAACAUGUUGUGAUCAUUGUGUACUCAAAUUUUGAUAAACCGCAGCUCCAUUAUAUUUCUAUAAUAAUUAUAUUUAUUAAAAAUUCAAAAACAGUUU